AUGAAGUAUAAAUCUAUUGAUACAGUCGUAGAAGUUAAUGAUGCUGUCCAUUAUCCUGUCGAGUUCUUACAUACACUCAAUCCACCCGGAAUACCAUCUCAUAUUCUCAAUCUUAAAAUUGGAGCACCAAUAAUGUUACUGCGCAAUUUGAGUCAUCCAAAACUAUGUAACGGUACCAGACUACAAGUGAAAAAUUUACAUAAAAAUAUUAUUGAAGCUACAAUUUUAACAGCUAAACAUAAAGGAGAAGUCGUAUUUAUUCCAAGAAUUCCUUUGGUUCCAUCUGACUACCAUUUCAACUUCAAACGUCUACAAUUUCCUGUUAGGGUUUGCUAUGCUAUGACUAUCAAUAAAGCGCAGGGGCAGAGCUUAAGAUUAGCUGGUGUAGAUUUGAGACAUGAUUGUUUUUCUCAUGGUCAGUUUUACGUGGCAUGCUCAAGAGUCAGUUCACCGCACAACUUGAUUAUUCUUCAACCAGAAAAAAAGACGAAAAACAUUGUUUACAAGGAAGUUUUAAGUUUGUAA